AUGGGACUCAACGAGAACUUCGCCAACAUACGAGGACAAAUACUCAACAUGAAGCCUCGACCGAGUCUUGCUGAGAUCUACAACAUGCUUGACCAGGAUGAGAGUCAGAGGAUAGUAGGAUCAACUCAACGUGUGACCAACCCAGCUGCUUUUCAACUACAAGAUUCGCUCACCACAGAUAACAAUCCAGUACUUCUCUCCCAAAGAAGUUAUCAAAAGGUGAAGUGUUCUUACUGCUCCAGGCUUGGACACACGGUUGAUAAAUGCUACAAGAAGCACGGCUAUCCUCCAAGGAUGUUCAAAGGGAGAAAACCCAACACUGUUGCCUCUACAAACAUGGCUAUUACACAGUCGGUGAACACCCAAGACAAUGGUCAACAUGAAGAAGUCUCUUGCGACCAGUUUUCUAAGGAACAACUUCAGUCGAUGAUCUUGUACCUGAGCACUCAACUCCACUCUCCUACUAGCACAUCCACAACUGAAAAAGCUAUUGCCUCGACUUCAGCUUCUGCUCCUGUAAUCUCUCAGAUCACAGGCAGCCUUUCCGGUAACUUCAUCUCUCUUUACAACCACUCUUAUCAUGAUAUGCUCAUUUCGUCUGCAUCUAAAGAAACAUAUGUGUCUCUUAGAGCUUGGAUAAUAGACUCAGGAGCUACUCAUCAUGUUAGUCAUGAUAGGAACAUGUUUACGGAUUACAAACCUCUAGACCAAACUUAUGUUACCCUGCCAAAUGGUUAUACGGAUCUUACUCAGGCAUUGAUGAUUGGUCAAGAUUCUCAAACAUGGCAUAGACGCUUAGGUCAUCCUUCUAUAGCAAAAGUCGAAACCUUGUAUCCUCUUCUCAAUGUACCUCAUUCAAAAAUGAAUAAAGAUCAUUCUGGUGUUUGUCAUGCUUGUCAUUUAGCUAAACAAAAACGAAUUCCUUUCAAACUUCGAGAAAACAUGAGUUCAAAUGCUUUUGAUCUGCUUCAUAUAGAUACUUGGGGUCCGUUUGCAGAAACUUGUGUUGAUGGCUCUAGAUAUUUUCUGACUAUAGUUGAUGAUUACAGCCGUGCCACAUGGAUUUUCUUGAUGCGUGCAAAAUCUGAUGUCCUAGAUAUUUUUCCUGAUUUUGUUAAGAUGGUAGCAACUCAAUACAAAGUCAAUGUUAAGACUGUUAGAUCUGAUAAUGCAAAUGAGCUUCGUUUUACUGAGUUUUAUGCUGCUAGAGAUUACCUUCCCCGUACUUCAUCUAAGAAUAGGCAUAAAUUUGAUCCUAGAGCAAGAGCUUGUGUCUUUUUAAGACAUGUGUUUUUCCAUGAGAAUAUCUUUCCUUUUGCAUCACCAUAUCUUCAUGAUGAUGUCAAAACUUUCUUUCCUCUUGUUUCCUCACCUGCUGUGCCUGAUGUUGUGUUCUCUGAACCAACUUCUUCUGAUGCACAUUCUCAUCAAAAUGUGUCAUCGUCCAAGGAUCUUCUUCCCUCUGGAAGUCUUCCUAUUCGCACAAAGAAACAACCAGCAAAUUUGCAGGAUUUUCAUUGCUAUAAUCUUGAUUCGUCAACUCCCUCUUCUUCUUCAACACCUUAUCCAAUGACCAAAUACAUUUUCCUAUACUUCCUUAUCUGA